AUGGGGAUCUCUCACCCUCUCUCCGACGAGUACGACGCCCUCCGCGGCGCCGUCCUCUCGCCGGAGACGACGCCUCCCUCGUCACCGCUCGCCCACCGCCACCUCCUGGAGCACGAGGUUACUCGGAUGGACACGCUCGCCGGCAUCGCCAUCAAGUAUGGCGUCGAGAUAUCUGACAUUAAGAGGGCAAACAGUUUGGUCACUGACAGCCAGAUGUUUGCACACAAAACGUUGCUCAUACCUCUACCAGGAAUGCCCAUGCCAUCCUCUGUCAACCUGAAUGCUUCUGGUCAAAGAACGAAAAGAGCACGUGCUCCAAACCAUCGGCAAAACAGAGAUGCUCUUGAUUCACUAGAUUCAUCCAAGUCUGGUCAGCAGGGGGCGUCACCUGCAAUGAGUACCCUGCAGAGAUACUAUGGCCUAACAUCCCAGAAAGGAAAUGCCAUGGAUCUCAGCACUGAAAUGUCUGUGUACCAUAAUAAGGGCGGCGGCUUCCAGAGUAACCUCAGCGAAACAUUGCUUAAUCCUUCCGCAGCUCCAGGCAUGAACGGUACUGACAGAAGAUGGAAUUAUGAAGCCCCAGCUAAUACUGGUUUUUCAGCAACGAAUGUUGCCAACAGGACCAAGGGAGAUGGGGCACCCAAGCCAAAGCAAGACGGUUCGGUACGGCGGCGACAGAAAGUGGAAGCGGAACCUAACACAACGGAUGCCCAGGAUGAUUUUCUAGCAGAUCCAAUUAAGGCGAUCAAGAGUCUGUUGCCACGGCCAAUUUCCAGUAUCCGUCUAAACAUGGAUGCAGGCAGCCCAUAUUCCAGCCAGAAGAGCGGCAUGUCGUUUCUUAACGGGUUCAAAUCUGUGACUGAGGCGGCCAUGGGCGGGCUCGGGAUGUGGGGGCGCACCCUCGAGAUGCGGCAGCGACGCGGGUCCGAGAUGCGGCAACUGAAUCCGUUUUGUCCCACCUCGCCGCGCUCUCCGCACUCGUAUACAGGUACAGCACACCUCCGCCCCAGGCUCCCAGCAUCCCUCCCCUGCAGUUUCAUGUUGAUAUUUAUGGAGAAUGUGAUCUCCUGUGUGAUGGUACAGGCACCUGAAGGUGAAGAUCUAAACUCCCUGCAACCCAAAGACCUGAUCAUGAUUGAGGAGGCACUUGAUAAAGGACUGACAAAUCUGAAUGGGAAACUGAAUAAGAUGAUGGAAGAUGAGAACAAAUUGAUGGCCUUUAAACUUGAAAACCCUUCACUUUCAGAUAUGCCAAUUUCAAUCUCACGGAACCUCUUCAGCCACUAUGGAGGUGAGUUAUUGCCUGUGUCGUUGUAG